AUGUACGAGGACAACGAUAAACAAACAUACUUUUCAUCUACUAGGAAUAGGCUAAAUAACGACUCUGAGGGACAGCCUCAAAAGUCUCAUUUGACGCGAAGAUUUCCAACAGAUAGUCCAUAUUCGCAACGAAUUUCGGGAUCUGGUGCAGGAACCGUAUUGAAAAAUUCCCUCGAGACAUUGAAGUUACGACAAUCAUCCGCUCGGGGAUUCUCUCCCAAUGCUGUUAACUUUCUCGAAAGCCACGAAGAGCAUGGUUCACCCUCCUCUCAUGCUCAAAAGUUCUGGAAGUAUCACGUUCUGCAAAUCAGUCAGUUUGAAUUCUAUCUUACAACGAACCCUGAUAAUCGACACAAAUUUGUUAGAGGCGCACCUGGCUAUUAUGUUGAGCUUGUACUCAAAAAUUCUUCAGACAACAAUUAUGUUUCGGCUUCAAACAAUGGGUUUCAGUUGGUGUUCAGAAAACAAAGGUAUCCAAUCUUAAAACCAGAGUCGAGCGACACAAACUUUGACCCAUCCCAGGUUUUCACAAUCUUGAAACAAUCGCAUAUCAGGGGAGGAGAUCUUGAGGUUAUGGGAACUGGUUGCGAGUUUGUGGAUGAUGAAGGACGGCAUUCGUACAGUUCGAAGCAACAGAAAAUCGCGGCCACAUUUUUCAACAAGGCCAACUCGCUCUCACAAAAUGGAAUGGUGAUGGAUACUUGCUAUCGCCUCAAGAAUCUUCGUGUUUGCUCGCUUAAAGAAAAAAAGAGCACCAUUUUGUUCAAGAACAAAAUUGAUGGAGUUAAGUUAUCAAAGGAAGGUUCAAUUUAUUACAUUGAUGAUAAGUUAGGUGGACCAUAUUGGCAUGAUUCAAUCAUAGGACUUUUCAGACCCUGCGAAAGGGAUAUUAAAGCAAAAAUUACGAAAAAAGUAUUUUCGAAAGGAGAUUCGUUUCACUCAGCUCGUGAAGAGCUUAGCGAAAAUUUGGAGGCCAUAAGCUUUGAUGAUGAAGAAUCAUUGAGCGAACGAACUUUUUACUUUGCUAGAGAUGGUCUUCUUCAAAGACAUCCUCAAGAUGAUUCACCGAACGAUUACAAACUGGGCUGGAUUACUAUUUACGAUAAAACAGAUUACUUUUCAACUCCCAAUGGAAACUGGGAGAUGGUUUUAGGGGUCACAUUUGCUGCCGCCUUUGAAUUAAUCGUUGAUAGAUUCGUGCGAGAUUCGGCGUUGGCUUGA